CAAUUAUUUAAGUUGACUAAGAUGAACAUAAAAAAUCCUAUGUUUGUAAUAGAAUAUGAAUAUAUAUUACAUGAAUCAACAAAGGAAGAAGAAUAUGAAAAUUGCAGAAUUGCAUGCACCAUAGAUGAUACAAUGUUUAUAUGUUUAUCUAAUUCCAAUAUUAGACGAUGUAUUAGUAAUUACGGAAAAAUAGAAAUAUAUAAUCUUGUAAAAAUAUCUGUUUGUAGACAAAAUAUAAAUUCAGUUGACAUAGAUUUAGACUUGCCUAACUUAAGAGAAUUUGAUAUUUCUUAUAACCAAUUGGAUGAAUUUCCAAAUUCAAAAUUUAUAAAAAAUGUGGAAAUAUUAAAUAUAAGCUUUAAUAACAUAAAAUUAUUACAUGUUAAGGAAACCUUACUUUCAUUAAAAGAACUGGAUAUAUCGUGGAACUUAUUAAUGUAUUGUCUUCAAUGUAUUAGUAUUUUUAUAACUUAUAUACCUAACAUGUAUAAGCUGAAGAUACAUGAAAAUCAUUUCAAUGAUAUUACUGAUCCUCAAUUAGUAGAAUACUUAUUACAUAUAUAUUUAUCAAAAUUACAAUUUGUUAAUAAUUGUAAUUGUAAAAAUCUUAAUUUAUCCCAAAAUUAUUUUCCAUGUGCUUUUAAUAUGUGUAAACUAAAUAAUAAAUGGAAUAAAAAAUUAGUUUAUUUGAAAUAUAAUAUAUUAAAAAAUAUGGAAGAGAUAAAAUUACUGGAGAAGAAAAAUAUAGAAAAAGCAAGAUACAUUCAUAUAUCACAAAAUCUUAUUGCAGCAUCAAACAUCUUGAAAAGAUUAAAGAAUGUACAAGAGCUUUGUGCUACUUGUUGUUUGUUGCCCAUAUUUUCUUUUGCAAAACCUUUAAAGUAUCUGAUUAAAUUGAAUCUUGGAAGUAAUUUUAUUUCAAUUUUGGACGAUUUCACUCAAGAAAAUUUUCCAAUGUUAAAAUACCUAGAUUUGACUAAUAAUCUAAUAACAAAUUUGGAAUCAAUGGGAUCAUUUCAUACAUUACAAGAAUUUUAUUGUGGAAAUAAUGAAAUAAGAAACAUAGCACAAAUAGACAAUGUUAAAACUUGGCAAACAUUACAUGUUAUAGAUUUUUGUAAUAAUCCAAUAAGUACAGAUACAUUAUAUAAAAAAUUUAUUAUAUUUCACUUGAGUAACAUUGAAGUAAGUAAAACCUUUAGUUUUUUUGGAUACUUAUCUAAUACUUAA